CGCAGACCAUAGUAAUUGUAUAACCUAAAGCAAUAGAGUUGUUUCGCGAAACGUCAUCUGAUCGAUCCACUCUGUCUUGCUUCUUCCAACGCAGUCAAUUCACCUCUCUCUCUCCCUCUGUGGGACUCGGUCUCAAAGAUAUAGUCUUCAUUCACCAACUUCAGAGCUUCAUGGGGUAUAUAGAUUGAACGAUUUGGAAAUUCCUAUAUUCCCCUAAAAGGUUGUUGGAUUUUCAUCUUCUAGCUCUAUCAAUCUCAGCAACAGUUCUUCAAGCUCUGACUGUAAUCGUUAAAUUUAAGUGUAUAGAUCAACAGAGCUUGUUUGUGUUUGUGUAGUGUGUGCAAAUACUUAUAUGUACGCAGAUGGGUGGUAAUGGCAAGCACCGGUGGAAAAUCUCCAUACACAGGUCAUCGUCUUCGUCCACUUCCAAGCUCGAAAAAAAGCAUCCUCCCACGGAAUUCGUAUGUCCGAUUUCUGGGUCGUUGAUGUUCGAUCCGGUCGUCGUCUCCUCAGGCCAAUCCUUCGAGAGAAACUCCGUCCAAAUCUGCCGAAAUCUAGGGUUUGCUCCAACCCUAGCCGAUGGCUCCAAGCCCGAUUUUGAUACAGUAAUCCCCAAUUUGGCCCUCAAAUCCACCAUUCUCAGCUGGUGCAACACCUCUGGUGCGGAGCGACCUCGCCCACCCGACUACAGCUCCCUGGAGGACACCGUCCGUGCAAUUAUGGACUCGUCCAGAGAGGAAGAAACAGAGGAUGUAAACAAUUCGAGAAUUAGGGUUUCAGAGAGGGAGUUGCUGAGAGGGGUGGCGGAGAAGCCGGCGGUGAUGUUCUCGCACGCCGCCACGGAGGUGAACCACCGAGCGAGUCACUUCUACUCAUCCAGUUCCGAAGAAUCGGUCAUCGCCAACGGCGCGAUGACUCCACUUCUUCCUUUCACAACUCGACCCCUCUGUUACUCCUCUGCCUCGUCGUCGUCGGAAAUCACUUCCGACGACACCCUAAACCCUAACAUUAAUUCCGAAGACGAGGAGUUCGUGGUCAAGCUGAGAAGUUCUGAAGUCUUCGAGCAAGAACAAGGCUUGAUUGCUUUGAGGAAGCUCACGAGAACAAAGGAAGAAGCUAGGGUUUCGGUAUGCACGCCGCGCUUGCUUGCCGGACUCAAAUUGCUGAUCCCGUCGAGGUACCACGGCGUGCAGGUCAACGCCGUCGCUUCUCUGGUCAACCUCUCGCUCGAGAAGGCCAACAAGGUGAAUAUCGUACGGUCGGGGAUCGUCCCGCCGGUGAUCGACGUGUUGAAGGGAGGAUUGGCUGAGUCGCAGGAACACGCUGCGGGCGCACUCUUCAGUUUAGCUCUGGAAGACGAUAACAAGACGGCCCUGGGCGUCCUCGGCGCGUUGCAGCCGUUGUUGCACGCGCUGAGGUCGGAGAGCGAUCGGACUCGGCACGACUCGGCGUUCGCGUUGUACCAUUUGACUCUGAAUCAGAGCAACCGAGCCAAGCUCUUAAAACUCGGCGCUGUGCCGACGCUGUUGUCGAUGGUGCCUGGCGGUGAGUUCGGAGGGCGAGUGCUGCUGGUGCUGUGCAAUUUGGCGGCGUGCGAGGAGGGGAGAGCGGCAAUGCUUGACGCGAACGCGGUGGAGACUCUGGUGGGGUUGCUAAGGAGGGGGAGCGAGUCAUCCUCUGAGUCGACUCGGGAGAAUUGUGUAGCCGCGUUGUACUCACUGAGUCACGGAAGCAUGAGGUUCAAGGGACUGGCUAGGGAGGCGAGGGCAGCGGAGGUGUUGAGGGAGGUGGUAGAGAGAGGAAGCGAGCGGGCAAGGGAGAAGGCGAAGAGGAUACUGGUGACGUUGAGAGGGAGGGACGAGGAGGAGGAUGGGGAGGAGGAGGUGGAUUGGGAAGGGGUUAUGGAGGGAGGGGUGAGUCGGAGUCGGUACCGAGUUGGGAGGAAUGUGUACGGUGCCAACUCAACCGAGUUUUGAAUUUGAUUGUUUUACUCUUUUGUUUUUUUUUUUUCUUUUUCUUUUUUUUUUUAAAAAAAAAAAAAUCUUUCCAACUAGUAGGGGUUUUGUUUGGGUACAGGGGCGUUGUAUUUAUUGGUGGAUGAUGUUGAUAUUCAUGCUUAUUUUCUUUUCUAUUUUGUGAUUAAUUUUUAGUUUAAUAAUUAUUUGUGCGCUAUAUUUCUGUGAAUGUAAUUAUGAGUAAUUAUUUGUGCGCUAUAUUUCUGUGAAUGUAAUUAUGAUGUAAAUAUUAGAUUUUGUGAGAGGGAUUUUGAACUU